CUUGAAAGUUGGGAUUAUAGUCAAGAUGCUUGUCGUUAGGAAAUCGGGAGAGCUCUUCGUUCUAAAGAUCGACGCAGAGACGACUUUGAUAUUGAUCGUUUCAAGUGAGAUAAUACAUCUACUUCUGCUUUACUAGAAAGUAGAUUCAGGGGCUUGAGUUGUAUCUGAACGCAGUAGCAAGAGGACAGAUCUGAAAAUCCUAUAACUUUUUGUGGGACAAGAGAGAAGGAAAACGAGAAUACGAACUACGAUGUGAAAUUUGCAGAGUAGGAAGAAAAAAACCUGCUCUGGCCGCCACGAGAACAAGAAAAUGAAGGUUCUUUCUUGCGCGAGCAACAUGUCUUCAUAUUGUCGUUUUCGAAUGUGGUUCGUCCUGUCUGCUUUUGUCGUGUUGCAAGUCGGCUCGACUGCUGCGGCACCUUCACUGUGGGACGCAGCGCCGCACUGCCUCCGGAGGAGGAAGCCUGACACUGCUAGUGUGAGCCUGACUUCGUGUUCUCAACAUUCGAGACCACCAGGAUCUCCUCUCCCCAUAUUAGGAACAUCCACCGCCGGACCAGGUUCAUCAGAAGGCCUGCCCACGAAUGAGGGAUGCAUCUUAGCAUACGUUGUUGACGGUCUACUUCCAAGCGGUGCGUGGUCUGAUCAUGGCAGCACGCCGAAGACUUCUGAACCUGAUGAGAGCGCGGCAGUCGAGGAUCAUCAUGCUGAAAAUAUAGAUGCGUACUUGCGCAACGAGCCAUGGACGCGCAGUCCUUGUGUCGCGGAUGCAGUGAGCUUCCAUCUGGUCCACGCAGUAUGCUUCCAGACCAGGCUGCUUGGAGAGGAGUCUCAUCUUGAGGAUUUUAGUAAACCACCACAUAGUGGGACUCGGAGAAGUUGUAAGGACCAGUUUGAGCAGUGGAGAAAACGGCAGUCGUUGAGGGACAAGGCGUCUGCGAUAAGUGGAGUUGGCCCGCAUCUCUCGGAGCAGAUGCUCGAAGUCCUGUCCACCGUUCCCUUUGUUACGGUUCGGCUUAUUGAUCAUACUAGGCUUGACCAACGGGUACUUUUACCCUGCUCGAAGAGAAGGUUAAGGGCCAAGCAUAGAUAGAGGCACAUGAAUACGACUGUUUCAAUUUCAUGUCCGGCUUCUUUAUGCUGGUUUCUCCUAAUUCUCAGCGACUAGGGCAGUUUUUUGUUACGGUUGCUGCUCUAUUUGGUACAAGCGAGGUUCUGGCGCUCAAAGGCCACACUUUGGCUGAAGACUACGACCGGCACACUAGUGAUUUUUUUCUGUUUCGGGACUGGGUUGCGAAUCAUCUGUAUCAUGGCAUUCUCCCUCCACUGGCGGACGCAGUACAUUACCUUGAACGUGAAAAAAGCAAGCGAAAGGCGGGAGCACUAGUGCCGAGAAGUAAUCGAGAAACGACCGAAUCACCUCCGAAGCUCUGUUGGCCUCAUAUCUCCAAGGCGAUUGGCUACUUAGUUGUCGCCCUCAGCAUGUUGGAGAUUCAGCCAGAGAGUGAAACGCGAGCUGUCAUGCAUGCUUCGGAAGAGUUGAUGAAGGGCAACUGCUUUCGUCGAGCGAGCAACGAGAACAAGAUGGACGAAACUACGAGUCAUAGUACGAUUGGUACGGGUGUGGAUUUUCAGCCCGACUUUGCUCACAGCAUAUUUCACAGUGUCGAUCCAUUAUACUGGACACUACUGGCAACGUUGCAUGUGCGCCUGGGAGACGCACUGCCACCGCAAAACCUUUUCUGGGGUAGGGCGUUGCUGCCAACAGCCUCUUCAACACCGAGAGAUGAAGUCGCUGAGGCGCGCAUAAAACGACAAGAGUUGCUUGUUCCCGUGUUUGAGGACGACGCAGCUGUGCUCGAUUCGCCUGCAUCAUUCCAAUCCCAACAGAAUACAGCUGCGGCCCCCGCGACUGACACUUGGUCGGUCUCGCCCGCACCUGUUCAGCAACAGCUAUUUCCUGCAGGAACUAGUGCGGUAAACGCAGCCGCGACUACAUCAACAGAAUCAAAUUAUUACGGAGAAAAACGAGCAGAAAACGAAAAGCCAGGAGCUGGAGCUCUACCCGAAUUAGAACAGUAUGAUGUGUUUGCUUUUGGACCAGAGAUGCGACAGAACUGCUUUACGAAGCAGGGCAACGAUAUUUUUGCGGCCUACGAGGACAAUCUGGUCGCCAAUUGUCUAGGCGGGCGUUCGAUUGUGCAGUUUUUCAUUUGGAAUGCAGCUCGGAACCGUCUCGAGCCUCUCCCGCGGACUUCAGGGGGAUAUUAUGUCGUGCAGCAAGAGCAGAUUAACUUUUCUAUUCAACAACAAGGCCAAGCUCGAAAAGGAAAAAUGGAUCACCUUCGAUCGGGGAACGGAGUAGAGUUGCAAUGGCAGCGGAGCACCGAGUUUGGACGUCGCCGACUCUUAGUACGCGAUCCACUGUGGCUUUAUCGCCGGAAUCUGUAUGUAAGUCUAGCGAGUCCGGAGGUGCGUCCAGUGCUCGUGGUGGAAGAGAAAAGUGCUGCUGAUACCUGGAAUCGUGAAUGGCUCGAGAGCUUUUUGCAGGCAAUGCAGGAGCUGGGACACGAACCCACCACAGUGCAAGCACCGGAACAGUUGGCUUUUCUGCUGCGCGGAAGGAGCGCAAUGUUGAGCGCGAGUGGGGGCCAUGGCUAUUCAACAGGAGCGAGCCAGCAAUCCUCUACUCCACCCUACAACCCGGGAGCUAACAAGGAGGAGAAGGACAAACCGACAAAUUUAGCAGUUUUCUGGCGGACUAAUCAGAUGUUUCAAGGAAGACAGUAUCCUGCGGGUCCGCAGUUAUCAGACGCGCUGCACCAAUACACACAGGCCUUCGAGCAGCUCCCUACAACGCGUGUUUUUCCCGACCCAGAAACAGCAAAAUUGUAUCAGAAUAAGCUGCCGAUGCUCGAAGCCUUCAUCGCAAACGGAAUCCCUGUGGCGCGAUUUCGCGUAGUGUCUAGGCAGGAGCUGGCAAACGGGCAAAUCGAUUACGAGUUGUCCCCAGGCGCGGGUGGGCAAGUGUCAUGGCCGUCCUUUCCGGUCCUGCUGAAACACGCCUUCGCGGCUUCGUCCAGAGGCUUGGCACAGUAUUUAUCUAAGUUACUUAGUAGUACUAGGUAGUAUGUAGAAGGACGAGGAUGGGACCAACAAGUCAACCUCAGCAUCAUGAAGAGAAGCGUGUCUAUAUGUAUAUAGCGAAAAAGAAACUAAUUGCUUUCUGGCCACAAUGUUGCCGACAUCUGUACUCGUCGUUGUUAGUACUAAUAGAAUAAGUUUCAUCGUCUUCGUAAUGACAGUGUAUCGACGAGGGCUUUUGAUGAAGAGCGUACCUCCUACUUCUGGCAACAUGACAGACUAUUUUCUCCAACAUCUUCACCAGGUGUGACUCUUUCGCUGAUUUGCGUCGUUGCUUACAGCGCUGGUUCGACACGGGGAACCCGGAUCAGGAAGUCGUAAUUGUCCAGGAGAAGCUCACUUUUAGAAGGGAGCUUCGUGUGACGUUUAUCGCUGGCGAAGUUGUUCACGGCUACUGGCGCAUCAAGGAGCAUUCGUCCGACAUGGCCGCGUCAACGCAUAUUUCCAACUCCACACUGAGCUUCGAUGACCUGCCGCUAGAGUUGCUGCGACCUGUGGUAGAACAGGUCUCCCGAACGAUCAUGGCAGUCGGGGCUAUGGACGUUGUUCUUCUCGACGAUGAACAGGGCGGUCACACGCCAAAACUCUUUGUUAUGGGACAAUUAUAUUCACUCACUUUUUAAUCUUAAUGUUGUAAUAAUUAAGUAACCUCCUGCUCCUUUAGCAGGUAUCUGCAUGGUUUCCCCCGUCUCUUUGAGGUGUGCUGCAAAUCUUGACUGGCUUCUCCCUUUUUAUAAGGUUGAGGCUUAGGUCCAGCGGCGCUCAAAGCACUAAAUAAAACAACGAACCGGCUAGUUUUACCUCUAGAGACUUAGCCCCUCCAACAAACAAUGUUGUGCUUGUGCCUUAUCGAUAUCAUUAUGUGCUUAUAAUAUGAUUGUCUUCAAUUCCUCCAACAUAAUUAGUUGAUAGUGACGACAUGGAAAACAGGUUCAGCUCUAGUACUUUCUAUCAAAACUACAGAGGAGCUGCCCCCAUGAGCAUUCUCGUCCCGUGUUCAUAGAAGUGUUUGAGGUCUCGCCGAUUUUCGACAUGAACCCCGAACCGGAAAGUGCCGCACUCAAAGCGAUACCUUACUCCGACUACAAAAAAACAUCGAAUUAUGUUGCGAGGAGGCUUGAGGGCUACAAACACUUCUGCAAGAGGUUUAUCAGCUACGGACUCGAGGUCGUCAGACGCGCGACGCAGAUUAUUACGCUCUAUUAUGGCUUGGAUAUUAGUAGUCCUCGUUGUGUUAACGUUAUUCUUAUUUUGGUGUCGUGAAAAAGAUUUUGAUUUUUAUUUACCACUUGUGUCUGUGUGCCCGUGCUACUGUGGGGCCUCCACGAACUACUCUACCUCCACACGACACUGAUUGAAGAAAUCCCAUGGCUCUCUAGAUCUGCGACAUGUAGGAAUCCGUCAACUACAAUUUCCAAGAGGUGGAGCACCCCAUCUGUAUCGGAGUUCUCAUCUAAUUCGCUGUCGACAUCGAUAACACACUGAACUAUGCCUUUCGAAGACAUAGUCGUGACAUUGCGGGCGUUGUGCAGAGGUACUACUCGGAUGCUGCUGAGAUACUAGCGACAUUGACAAGCGGUGCGGGUCGGAAUGACGCUCGGUUGGUCGUGCAGGAUGAAGCCGUUGGAGGUGCUGCAGAUAUACUCAAGCUUAUGGCAGUACACGUAAAGCAUCGUCAAAUGUUUAUCUAAGUAUGUCUAUUCAUUUGUUCCAUUUGUUUCUAAAUGAUUCAAAAUGAUCAGAAUCAAUUUUACUGCUCCGACCAGCAGCAGUCUGACUGAUCGUAGCAGUAUGGAUAGUAGAUGUAGAUCCCCCAGCUCUUCUAAAGCAUAGCUACAGCAGUCAGGUCGCUAUCGGAUUGUGUACUUGACGGCUCGGCUUUUUCCCGCUGCCAUUGAGGUGACGCAUCAUUGGCUGUUUGCUCUGCACGGUUUCCCGGCUGCACCUGUGCUUUUCACGCGGUCGGCCAACGAAAAGAUCACGCAUCUUCUGGAUGAGGCGGACGAUGAGGGCGCCCAUGCUUGCGGACAGGUAGGGACAACGGCUUCGAUGCAGAAAAUCACGACCAGUGGACGGGUCACUUCCAUUGACCGCGAAAUUGAGGAAGUUCGGGCGGCGAUGACUCAACUACAAGAAGUUCAAUCUCUUGGUGGAGCUACAGCAGCCGAAAGUUCCUCAACUUCGUCGUGUGAGAUCAUUGCUCCAGGAUCACCAUCCACUUCCACCACUAGAAGUAGUACAUCAUCAAAAUUGGCACAACGCGGUGUAAAGAGAAUACUGAUCGACGACUUCACGCGAGCGCAUGACGAACCACAAUUUGCGUGGCAGCACGAACUUCUUGGCAUGCUAGAGCGCCACCAGGUAUCCUACAUCCGCUUGCAAACGCACCGCGCAGCGGACCAUUGGAACGAGAUACGAAAUCUCUUGCUCAGUGAUGCUUCACCCGAUUGAGAGUUGAUCGUUAGUACUUCUAGAACAAAGUCAAAGACCCUUAGAGUUCAACUUCAAGUAGUUCCACCAGUACUGUUCGACGCCUUGCUGAUGGAAACAGGUGUUGACAACACCUAACGAUUUUAGGCUCCACCUCAGUUCUUGUGUCAACACAGGACACGAAGUUUCGCGCACGCAUGACCACAGAGACGAGAGAGUCUACUUGGAUACACCUCACGAAUAACACCAAUGUCUCUAUGUUUAUCGGACCAAGAGGAGUUUCUUUCGCUUAAAUGCUCCUUCUAAGAGCAAUCCCAAGGUAGCAUAUGCACAACGAGAUUGAAUAGAGCGAAGCACGGUGGAAACCGUGGUGACGAUAUGCUUUUAUUCAGGUUGCAACGACAGUGUUUCACAUUCUG